GGAACAAAAAAAAAUUCCAAGUGGCGUAACACGUGACACAACCUUUGACACUCUUCUAGUGAAAGUACUCGGACCCUAAACACAAACACAAGUACACAGCACAGCACAACAAAACACAAGUCCAACAAAGAGUUCUGUUGUUGCUGUUGUCUUUUCAACAAGAAGAAGAAGAAGAAGAAGAAGAACAACAACAACAACAACUAGUGUUAUCCAUUUCUCAAAUUUUUUCUAAAACCCCCAACUUUCAAAAGAAGAAAACCAAUAAGGAUUUUAACAAGAAUUGAUUACCAUGUUGGCCACUCGAGGUAGUAAGGGUAUUAUAACGAAACCAACGAGGCCGUUAUCUUUGUCACGGUCAAGCGAAGUUUGCAAUUCCUUUGUGCCAAUUGAUAGGAAAGGGUUAAGCAAUGCAGAGAUUGUGGAGAGCUGCCAUUUGUCUUUGAGGAAUAGAGCAUUUUUGUCUCCACUGGUGACCCGGAAAAGAAAACACGAUAUUUGUGUUUGUGAUGGUCAGUUGAGCUCUGAUUGUGAUGUAAGUUCCUCUGAUGUGGAAGAGGAGACUCUGAGCAGUGCAGGGGAGGACACUCUUAAAUUGACAGGAACUCCUGCCAGUCAAUCAAAGUCUCGGGAUGUAAAGCAUGAACUUUUAAUGCUUUCUUUGCCUGCAAUUGGUGGACAGGCUCUUGAACCAUUAGCACAGCUGAUGGAGACUGCCUAUAUUGGUAGAUUAGGUCCUGUGGAGUUGGGUUCGGCUGGUAUUUCCACAAACAUCUUUAACUGCAUAUCAAAGCUAUUUAAUAUUCCUCUCCUUAGUGUUGCCACUUCUUUUGUUGCUGAAGACAUUUCGAAGAAUUCAGUCAAAGACUCUGCUUCAGAAGACAGUACUAAUGGUAAACCAGCUGAAAGAAAGCAGCUAUCUUCAGUAUCUACAGCUUUACUAUUAGCAGUUGGGAUUGGCAUUAUUGAGGCUUUGGCCUUGUAUUUGGGAUCAGGAAAGUUUCUAGAUUUAAUGGGCAUAUCAUCAGGUUCAUCCAUGCGUAUUCCAGCACAACGAUUUCUUUCACUUAGAGCCUUUGGUGCUCCUGCAGUUGUGGUAUCUUUGGCUCUCCAAGGUGUUUUCCGUGGUUUUAGGGACACAAAAACUCCUGUUUUAUGUCUAGGCAUUGGAAAUCUAUCAGCAGUAUUUUUGUUUCCCAUUCUUAUGUAUUAUUUUAAAUUGGGUGCAACUGGAGCAGCCAUAUCCACUGUCUUGUCUCAGUAUAUUGUUACCUUUUUACUGAUCUGGCAUCUAAACAAGAGAGCUGUAUUACUGCCUCCAAAGCUGGGAUCACUUCAGUUUGGUGGAUAUUUAAAAUCUGGUGGUUUUCUUCUUGGAAGAACUCUUGCUGUUCUUAUUACCAUGACAUUGGGGACAUCAAUGGCUGCUCGUCAAGGUCCAGUUGCUAUGGCUGCACAUCAGAUAUGUAUUCAAGUAUGGUUGGCUGUAUCCCUCCUUACAGAUGCACUCGCUGCAUCUGGUCAGGCCCUGAUUGCAAGUUCUUUCUCUAAAGGUGAUUAUCAAUCUGUGAAAGACGUUACAGAUUAUGUUUUAAAGAUAGGAUUGUUCACUGGAGUUUUCUUGUCUGCAAUUCUGGGUGUAUCUUUUGGUUCAUUGGCCACUGUGUUUACAAAGGAUGCUGAAGUGUUGGGAAUUGUUAGAACUGGGGUACUGUUUGUCAGUGCUAGUCAACCUUUGAAUGCCCUGGCUUUUAUUUUUGAUGGCCUCCAUUAUGGUGUUUCAGACUUCCCAUAUGCAGCUUACUCUAUGAUGAUGUCGGGGGCAAUAUGUUCAACCUUUUUGCUCUAUGCUCCUUCAAUUUUAGGCCUUCCUGGGGUUUGGUUGGGCUUAACUCUCUUUAUGGGCUUACGGACGGUGGCAGGAUUUGCGAGAUUACUAUCAAAAAAUGGUCCAUGGUGGUUCUUGCACAGGGACUUCCAGAGAACUGAGGUUAGUGUAUAUUCAUGACUCUGAUUAUGGUUUAGUGUUCUAAUUUUCUGAUAUGUAUUAACGUCAUGUAUUCCUGGAAAUUUUUGGUUGUUUUCUUGUCUUCAUUUAAUGAAAAGUUCUUGUCUUUGUACCUACAAAUUUAUGCAUGAUAGUGGGUGAGUGAGUCUUCCUGAUUCUGUUGGUAAGGUUUCAUAUGAAUGUCAGUUCAUUUGCUGUUCAAUUUACCUUUAAAUUUAUGCAUGACAUUUGGUGAAUGAGUCCCUAAGGAGGGUUUCUUUUGAACGUCACUCAAACGCAGUUACUUCACCCCAUUAAACUAUGACUGAAAAGUUAUCUGUAAUUCAUAUUUGUUUUGUACUUAUUUCCCCCUUCCUCUCAAAAGUUUCUCUAUUCUCUAUGUUUGUUGGUGACUCUCACCUACAUUAUCUGAACUUCACUUGCUUUUUGCAUGAAUAUUUUUUUAAUAGAAGAAAACAAUAGUUUAAUAGAACAAAGAAUUUUUAGUAGAAAAUUAUUUUUCCAUAUAUAAUAACCAAAAAAGAAAAAAGAAAAUGAUUACCUUUUUUUAUUUGUGAUGAAAACCAAGUUUUACUUCCUCAGGAAAAGUUCUUUAGGUAAGGUCUGCAAAUGUAGUGCAGGUUAUUAUCCUUAUUGCAUUUGAGUUGAUGACUCAAUUUUGACCACCACUUGUACCCUACAGCAAGAACAAGCAACAGUAUAUAGUGGAAACUUGGUGGUACAUAACUGUUCAUUCUUUUAGUAUAAGUCUACAUCUCAAUUGUAGUAAUUUGUGUUGGAAACAAAUGGCAUAUUGUCAACGUUUCUUUUUUGAAUUAAUAUGCACAUUGA